AUGGAUCAACAAGCUCAACGAGGCCGGUCCCCUUCGACUGGCCAUCAACAGCCUCAUAUAAACCAUUCUCAUUCCCCGUCGCCGGCGCCCUAUCAGCAUAACGAUCCAUCCAUUGGCCUUGGUCUCACUCUCGACCAGUCCGCUCAGCAAUCUUACGAGGCCUUCAACAGUUCAGGUUUUCUCAGUCCUCAGCAAUCGCCUUCUUUCCUUCCUCCUGCGCAUCAACAGAGCAACUCCUUCGCUCAAGCCAACUUGUCCGACCCCGCUAUUCUCGACCCCAAUAACACCACCUCAUUCGGACAGCAGCCUGCCAGCUCCAACACCUCGCUACCCUUCAACAACCAGGCUCAGGCAGCUUACUUGUCGCCGAACCUUAACGAUAACGACUUCUCUCUCUUUCCGAAUACUAGUGGCCAGGGCGACCAGUUCAACGCCCCCUUGUUUGACCAGUCUACACUCAACCCUAACGACAUGAAUACCAUGGCGUCGCAAGGGCAUCACUCGCCCACCCCUCCUCAUCUAUUCCAGCACGAUGCUCAACAACCUGGUUCUACUCACCAGUCGCCCGCCUUUAACCAGCACCAGUUCUCUUCACCACCCAACCAUUCGCGACAUACUUCACUCGGCCCAGCAGAUGCUUUGCUCCCAAACCAGAUAGCUGAUUGGAAUCAGCCUCAAUUCCAACGCCACCGUCGCACACCCUCUGAGUACUCAGACGUCUCGUCCGUGGCCCCAUCACCGAACCUUGUCAGUGCUGAGUCCUUUGAGACUGAUAUUGGUGGGCACUCACCCGCACACCAUCCUUCUGAUGGCAGUCUGUAUCAAGAGGUUUUGAGUAUGGGUAACUUUAGUCUCUCCGACCCUCAAGUCGGUGGUAGUCCUGGACACCAGGGCCGUAGUCCUUCCCAUAGUCCCGCAAUCAGCCCCCGCAUUGUUCCUCAGCAGAUGCCCGACUUGAACCAGCUCAAUCAAAACAGUUUUGGUUUGGCAGGUCCUCACAAUCCAUAUGGAGUUCCCUCUACCUAUCCUGACGUUUCAGCGCCCGUCGAGGCCUUCCCGUCCCUCCAGCCUUCGGGCGCUGAUUUGUCGUCGAUGGCCCCUCCUGCGAUCAACAUUGACUUUGCGCCUACAAACGCUAAACAAGGUGCUUUUGACACUCCCAAGUCUCGUAUGGAUCAGGAUUCUCUGACCCCUCCAGACAGAGGUCGCCCCCGAUCCCGUCCACGUGCAGUGACAGACCCUUUCCAUCCUGGAGGCGGUCUGCUAGGUCGCCAAGGAAAUUCCAUCAUCUCGCCUUCCCUAGGCGCCGACUUAGCAGCAAGGGCAGACUCCAGAUCUUUAUCUCCGCUGGACAGGCAAGGAGGGACUUCACCGUCCAGGAGAAGACAGUCCACAUCGGCUGUACCCAACAACGUUAUCGCUCUCAGACUGGCCGAUCCUGAGUACCAGAACAACCAGGACAGCGGGGCUGCCAAGCGGGUUCAGAAACACCCUGCCACUUUCCAGUGCACAUUGUGUCCCAAACGAUUUACACGUGCUUAUAACUUGCGUUCACAUCUGAGAACGCACACAGACGAGCGUCCUUUUGUGUGUACAGUGUGCGGAAAGGCAUUUGCUAGGCAACACGAUCGCAAGAGACACGAGAGUCUCCACUCCGGAGAAAAGAAGUUUGUAUGCAAGGGCGAUCUCAAGGUUGGAGGUCAAUGGGGAUGUGGGAGAAGAUUUGCCCGUGCCGAUGCUCUAGGCCGUCAUUUUAGGUCCGAAGCUGGCCGCAUCUGCAUCAAGCCACUAUUGGAUGAAGAAAUGAUGGAACGACAGCGACUCUGGCAACAACAACGGAUGCAGCAGAACAUGGCGCAGAGCAUGGCCGUUGCAUCCACUAUGCCACUGGAUGGCCCUAUUUAUCCUAUGGAUCCUUCUGGCAACCCAAUGCUUCCAGCGGCUCUCUUGGCCCAGUAUCCCGCAUUAGCUCAGCUGAACUGGUCUACGCCUGAUGUGAACGCUGGCAUGGACGACGAGGUUAGUGGCCGUUCAUCGUUUGAUGCCAGCGACUACGACGAAAACGAAGACGGUGGGUAUGUGAGUGGCCCAGGCACGGGGUUUGGUGAGGGUGGGAUGGGCCAAGGCUUUGGUGAAAUGGGAUAUGCGAGCGACUUCGGGGGCCGGUAA